UUUCGUCUGGCUAAGUCACGUGUGUCGAAUCAGAAGCUCCGCCAGAGAAAAUAGUGCUCCAGCGACAGUGUGACAAAGCGAAUGGCUUUCAAGUGAACAUUCGAACAUACGCGCAGCGCAGACCUCAAUCACACAUCGACUUUCGACGCCCAGGAGCCAGCAAACGGAACUAGUUCGAAACCCACAAAAAAGGCUUUACUAAUAUGACAGCUGAAAUAGUUCCUGCCAGUGAAACGAGAAUUGUAAAAUUUCAAGAACAUAAAAGCCUUAAGCUUCCCCAAUACUUCGCUGGAAUUGUUGCCACGAUAAACGCCAUGUCGUCGGGCUGCGUGUGCGGCUGGACCUCGCCCGCGCUGCUGUACCUGCAGGGCCACCCCAGCGGCGGCAACGGCAGCGAUGACGGUACUCUGAGCGUGCAGCAAGCGUGCCUCGCGGGCUCUUUGGCACCCAUCGGGGCACUGGUUGGCUCCCUGCCCGCCGUUGCACUGGCCGACUUCCUGGGCCGCCGCACCGCGAGCCAGGUCCUCAGCCUGCCUCUACUUCUGGGCUGGGUCAUCCUCGCAAUGUGCGGCCGCCAGCUGACCCCGCUGUACAUCGCGCGCCUCCUGCACGGCAUGUGCGUGGGCGUCAGCUCCGUCGUGACGCCGCUCUACAACGAGGAGAUCGCCGAGGUGAGCGCGCGCGGCUCGCUGGGCUCGCUCUACGACUGCGCCAUGGGGCUGGGCGUGCUGUGGGUCAACCUGGCCGGCACCGUCAUGCCCUACGCCUGGAUGAACCUCUCGGCAGCCCUGCCGGCCGUCCUCUCCUUCGCCAUGCUGUUCCUGGUGCCCGAGUCGCCCGUCCACCUGCUCGCCAGGGGCCAGGACCAGCAGGCGAGGGCGGCGCUGUCGUGGCUGCGAGGGCCGCACCACGACGUCGAGUCGGAGCUCGCCAGCACGAGCAAGCUGGCGCACCGGGGGCAGGGCGUGUCCGCCUGGACGCUGCUGCGGUCCGUCAAGGACAUCAACUGCGACAGUCUCCGCAGCCCGAGCGCCAAGUCGUUGCUGAUCGUGUCGGCGCUGAUGACGGCGCGUCAGCUCUCUGGCAUGUACGCCAUCACGUUCUAUGCCGUGGAGGUGUUCCAAGAGGCCGGCAGCUCGCUGGACGAGUCCACCUCGGCCACCGUGACGGCGCUCUUCGACUUGGGCGUCACCGUCGCCAUGGUGUUCAGCGCCGAGCUGACGGGACGCCGCACCUUGCUCACCCUCUCCUGCUGGGGGUGCGCCUUCUUCCUGACGCUGCUCGCGGUCGGCCCGUCGGGCUGGCUGCCCCUCGCCGCCGUCAUCGGCUACAACACGGCCUUCUCCGUCGGGCUGGGCCCCGUGCCGUGGUUCAUGAUGGGCGAGCUCGUGCCCACCGAGGCCAAGAGCUGGGUCAUCGGCGUGGUCGUCACGCUCAACUGGCUGCUCAUGUUCUUCGUCACGCAGUUCUUCAUGAGCACGGUGGCCGCCAUCGGCCACAUGCCCACCUACCUGUGCUACGCGGCCGUGAACGCGCUGGCCGGCACCUGUGUGCUGCUGUUCCUGCCAGAGACCCGCGGCAAGUCGCUGGACAAGAUACAGCUCGAGCUGGGCGGUAACUGAGGACCGCAGCGCCGUUCACCCAUUCCCGAAGUCUUGCGUGCCAUCGUGAUCCACUGUGGAUUAAACUUGCAGACCAACGUGGCAGAUCUUAGAAGGCUUUUUGCUGGACGAGAAAAUUAUGCUUGUUGUUAAAACUUACGUACAUUGUUAAUGCGAUGUUUUUAACAGCGCCGUUUGUUUCAUAUCUAGUUACCUGAUGUUUACUCUUCGAAUUUUCAACUGUUUGAAACAUAUUUUACUUCAAUACACGUAAACAAUCAACUGUUUGGACGAGCAUUGAACUUUAUGUAGCUUAGCCACGCAGAACAAUAAUUUUUAGCUAACUACAACAUAUAAUUUAUUAAUAGUGAAUGUUCAUAUCCACAAAUUUUGUAAAGAUAUUAUUAUUUAUUUUAUCCUGAAUGUGAUAGCAGUUUUAUUGGCUUUGUCUUACAAUGCAGAAAAACGCUUAAAACUGCAUACUUAUAAUAUUGAUAAUAUUUCAUGUUCGAAUAGAUUAAAUCAAGCUUUUAAAAAAAUUAUAUUUUUAAUAUUCUAGCUUUUUUGUUUGUUAUAUUAUUAUAUGGUGGUUUUACAAUGUUAGAAAUUUGUGCUAAGGUAUAUUAGCUCGCUUGACAUUGUGAAGCAUUUAAUUAGGAUAUAAUUAAACUUCAAAUACACUCAGUAUUUUUCCAAAAUUAAUGUUUUAACUUUAUUUUUACAACAACUUUAAUUUUCUUUGAUUAAUUUCCGUCUUUUUGGUACAGAGUUUUUUAUUGUUAUAAAAUAUAUUUCCUGAAUGACAGUUUUUGAAUGUCCAUGAAUUUAUAUUAAAUUAUGAUUACAAUAUUUAAUAGAAA